AUGUCGAACGGGAUCAACUCGACGAUGGGGGCACUCCUCUUGGGUGUGCUUUUCGGUUCGGUCGGGUUCGGGAUCACCACCGUACAGACGUUCCAAUACAUUAGAAAUUUCCCAAAUGACCACUGGCUUAUCCGAGCUACAGUGUACCUACUCCUUGGCCUUGACACCCUCCACGUUGCGUUUUGCUGGCAUAUGAUGUACCACUUCUUGAUCCUCAACUACAAUAACUCGCCUGCACUGGGUGUGGCACCAUGGAGCUUCAGCAUCUCUGUCGUUAUGACCGUUUUCAUAUCUGUUAUUGUACAAUGUUUCUAUGCUCGCCGGAUGUUCCUAUUGGGAAACCGCAAUUGGAUCUUGAUGAUACUGAUUGUUCUAGUAGCAAUUUCAAGGCUGGUCCUUGGUAUGAUUGUCGCGGUGUCGUUCUUCUUGCGCCCAUCCUUCGACGCCGCCUAUAAGGAUCUCGCUCCACAAAUUGGAUUGGCAUUGGGCCUCAGCACACUCAUAGACUGUUCCAUUGCCGGCUCCCUGGUGUACUAUCUCAGGAGCCACCGGACAGGUUUCAACACAACGGAUGGUUUCCUGGACAAGUUCACGUACUGGUCGGUCAGCAACGGUUUACUGACCAGCAUCGUCUCUGUUGCGAUCAUCAUACUUUUUAUCGUGCGGCCAGACCUGAUCUAUCUCGGGGUGUACAUCAUCCUCAGCAAACUGUAUAUCAACGCCCUCCUCGCAAACCUCAACUACAGGAAAGUGAUCCGCGGGCGCGGCGUCGACGACACCGACACGAUGGAUUUGUCGGGCUGGUGCGCCUCGUUACCGAUGUUUAGCUUCAGGAACUGGAGCGUGAAGGGGACGGUGAAGGGGACGGAUGGCUUGGUGCAGCCAUCGCCGAGUGGCGUGCAGAUUGUUACGAUGAUCACUACGGAUCGGGUGCAGGACCUUGGUGCUGAUGAGGAUCCGGACGUGGUCUUGGUUGUAGAGGACGACCGCGGGGCGGAUGCGAAGCCGGAAGGUCUCGAAAACGCUCUUGCGAGCGCUGCCGAAAAUGAUAACACCAGGAUCUUAGGACCGUGA